AGUAAAUAUCAAAAUGCAUGCUCUUACAUCUUUAAAAAAUUAAAAUGAAAAGUUUGUUGUGGGAGUAUAAAUUUUACCUUUCUAAACCCUAGUUCUUAGUAACGGUAGAAGAAAGUGUUUCAUUGUUUCUCUAUGAAAUGGGAAAUGGAAAUCGAUGAAGAGAAAGAUCUUGAAGCCGUGCUGGGGAAAAUUUGGGAUUUGCACGACAAGCUCAGCGACGCCAUCCAUUCCAUCUCCAGAGAUCACUUCCUGAGGAGUUUCGUCAGCAAGCCUCGCCACCCCGACGAUUUCUACUACCACCACAGUUCACAGAAGGGAACCGGUCCCGGCUCCGACCAGAGCGCCGGACGGAAAAAAAACAAGCCGGCUGGGUUCGUUUUCAUUAAGGGAUUUACGCUCGAAGAGGAUGAUGAGUCUCCGUCUGUUCAGGAAGCUAUAAGUCUUAAUGCUAUCCGUACCGCCCUCGAAAAUCUGGAGGACCAACUCGAAUUAUUCCAUAACAUGCAAGCACAGCAACGAGUGGAAAAAGAUGAUGCACUUGCUCGCUUGGAGCAGAGCCGUGUUAUACUUGCAAUGAGAUUGGCCGAUCAUAGAGGCAAAAAGUACAAGUUCAUUGAAGAAGCUCAAGAAUUGGUUGGAGAUGUUCAUGAGGAGAGAGAUUUUGUUUCCCCCGAGAGCCUUUUUGGUUCUGCACCCAGGUCCCCUGGUGAGAAUUCCGUAGAAACCAAAGGGAAGUGCUCAAAUAUUCUUCUCAAUGUUCUCUUUUCUAGUUUCGAUUUUGUAAAGAAGUCCCUUAGGCUCGAUCUUGCGGGUGGGAUUCUAGGAAAUGCUGCUCUGGUUGCAUUUAGUGUGCUAGCAUUAAUGCGAAUGCAGCAAGCUGGUUUCAAGGAACAUCAUUCUUUGGACUAUCCACCAAGGCAAGAAGAUGUCCUCUACACCCAAACUCUUACCAAAGUGUCUAGACCGCCGGAUUCUUCAUCUAGGCAGGUUAAGCAGUUAGAUGUGUUGUCUGCAAGGGGAUAAGACUGAAAACAUAAAGCUGCUGUUUAGUCUUAGCUUUCUAAAACUGCCUCUGCACAGACUGAGAUGUAAAUAUAUAUAUAUGUACACUCAGACUUUGUAACAUUUUAUUUUGUGUGAUCUUGACUCUAUGCUUGUGGAGGUCAAUUUUAGUACAUUAUGCCUUGAUGUAUCCUAAUGUAUGUAGCUUCUAGCAAUUAAAAGAUCAAAACAUUU